AUGGCCAGAGUUGACGUGAGCCUGCGGUUGAGACAAGCAAUCCUCCUGGACGAUCUCCCACUGGUGCAACGGUUACUGAGAGCACAUCCCUCAUACCUCCACAAUCCGGACUUCGCCGAUAAGAGCAAUACUUCAUUACACUUGGCGGCACAGUAUGGGGUGCUGGAAAUUGCAGAAUACUUGAUAUCCAUCGGCCAUGACAGCAAACCAGAGGUGACAGACUGGAUCUACAGCAAUAAUGGCAUGAAUCAAGGUGUCUCGGUCAACACCGAGGGUCAAUGUCCGCUACACCUGGCUGCAGCUGCUUCCAAACCGGAGGUGGCCCAGCUCCUCUGUAAAAGAUUCCCCGAGACGGUCAUACGGCGAGAUUACCGUGGACAAACUCCUUUACAUCUUGCAUCGGCAUCACAGAUUAUGCCGACGGUGAAUUAUCUGUUCAAAACAGGCCCCAGACCAUCAUCACGAUCUCCCGAAGAGGUGACCUGCAUAGAAACUCUGAUAGCCCACGGGGCCGACGUCCAAGCACAAGAUGACCAAGGAAACACGUGUCUACACAAUGCCAGUGCAUGGGGCAAUCUGAAAGCAGUCCGGGCAUUGAUCCAGGCUGGAGCAGACCCCCUGUGCAAGAACAAGGCUGGAUGGACACCGGAAUACUACAGCAUCACGGUUCAAGCGGAAGUCUACUAUCGGAACCUCGUGGCAGAGUGGGAGAAGAGGAAAGCCGAGGAAGGGAUCCGAGCAAAUGAAAGACGAGCCAAAGGCGGUGGCGGCGUCCGUCUGGUACCGCAAGACAACGACAGCGACGAUGAUGCAUCGUUGCAGAGCAGGAGCCGUGCAAGCAGCGCGAAAAGCCAACAGACGAUGGGGAGUGCCAGUGACGGGGGAUUGGGUAUCAGUGUUGGCCACAUCGACACUUGGAAGUAG